AUGAAUAAUAGAAAUCCAGCUUCAGCAGAUGAGAAUCAAGUUCAUGAGAACGGUGAAUGCUCGGUCAGAGUAUGGGAAUUCAACACAGAAAGAUUGAAAUCAAUGAAUAAGAACAUCAACACUACACCAAAUCUACUCUCGAAUUGGUCCGGUAAGAAUUCCUGCAGCAUAUUUCGUGUCCCACAGAGCUUCGUCGACGUUAAUGGUUCAGCAUAUCGUCCUCACAUCGUCUCCGUCGGACCUUUCCACCGCGGAGAACCCGACCUCCAAAUGAUCGAACAACACAAAUGGCGUUUCCUCGGCGAUCUAAUCAAUCGCACCAAAAUCACCCUCGAACAACUCUUGGGAGAAAUUCAUCCGCAUGAAAACACAGCCAGAGAGUCUUACUCCGAACUCAUUGAUCUCACUUCCGAUGAAUUCAUUGAAAUGCUUGUACUCGACGGCUGCUUCAUUGUCGAAUUCUUUAGAAAAAUUUGUAAAGUCGUCAAUAUUAAACCCGAUGACCCAUUAAUCUCCAUGUCUUGGAUUUAUUCCGUCUUCCUCAGAGAUCUAAUUAGAAUGGAAAACCAAAUCCCAUUCUUCAUCCUCCAAACCCUCUUCGAUCUAACGAAUACCCGUGAAUCGAAUCGUUCGCUCUCUUCACUAGCAUUGGAAUUCUUCAAUAACUCACUUUGCCGUCCAGCUGAAGUUGUACACAAACACGACAAUCUAGUCGGAAAACACCUCCUAGACCUCCUCCGGAAAUCAUACAUCACACCGGAGCUCGAUAAACCGAUCAAGGACAUUAAGAAUAUCCCGUCACAUGUCAUCCAAUGCAUCUCGAAGCUGAGAAGGGCCGGGAUCUCCAUUAAACCAGGGAAUGGUGAGAGCUUCUUGGAAGUGAAGUUCAGACGGGGAACACUAGAAAUGCCGAAAAUUACAAUCGACGAGUUCAUGAGCUGUUUCAUGAUAAACUGUGUAGUGUUUGAGCAAUGUCAGAGGACUUGUUCGAAACAGUUCACAACCUACACGACUCUUCUUGACUAUUUGGUGAACACUUCCAAGGAUGUGGAAUAUUUGUUGGACCAAGACGUAAUCGAGAAUUACUUUGGGACUGAUGAGGAAGUGGCGACAUUGUUCAAUAAUUUGGGGAAGGAGGUGCCGUUUGAUGUAAACAGAUGUUAUCUGUCGACGUUGUUUAAACAAGUUGAUGAUUAUCACAAGAGUAUUUGGCAUAUUGAUUUGGCAAGUUUUAAGUAUAUUUAUCUUAGAAGCCCUUGGUCUACUAUUUCUGCUUUGGCUGCGGUUUUAUUGUUGGUUUUCUCUUUUCUUCAAACCAUGUUUUCUAUGUAUGCAUACCUAAAGCCUCCACACUAA